AGGUGGAGGAGGGUGGGAGGACGGGGGGAGAGUGGCCUCAGCGUGGGAUGCGGGCACGGUCAGGGGCCGCCCCGUUCUGCCUUCAUGCUGAUGAUGCUGGAACGCACCAGAGCCCCGAGCUCAACCUUGACCUAGACCCUCACCUCCCCAAUUCACCUAAGGGCUCCAUGGAGGGCGACAAGUGCAAGGGGCAAGACCCUUGUCCUCUUCAGUCCAUGCAAGAGCUGGGGAAGGGAGCCAAGCGGGAAGAGCAGGGGCUGGGCCCCGAACCCUCGGCGCCCCCACAGCCCAGCGAGGAGGAGGAGGCGCUGAUCGAGUUCCACCGCUCCUACCGAGAGCUCUUCCAGUUUUUCUGCAACAACACCACCAUCCACGGCGCCAUCCGCCUGGUAUGCUCCAAGCACAACCGCAUGAAGACGGCCUUCUGGGCAGUGCUGUGGCUCUGCACCUUCGGCGUCAUGUACUGGCAGUUCGCCUUGCUGUUCGAAGAGUAUUUCAGCUACCCGGUCAGCCUCAACAUCAAUCUCAAUUCAGACAAGCUGGUCUUCCCUGCUGUCACCGUCUGCACCCUUAAUCCCUACAGAUACACUGAAAUUAAAGAGGAGCUGGAAGAACUGGAUCGCAUCACGGAACAGACGCUCUUUGAACUAUACAAAUACAACUACUCCUACACUGUCAAGGCUGGGGCCCGCCAUCGCAGCACCCGCAACCUCAGGAGUACUCUUCCGUACCCCUUGCAGCGACUAUACGCACCGCCUCUGCCCAACCCAGCCCGCUCGGCACGCAGCUCGUCUUCCAGUGUGCGCGACAACAACCCCCAAGUGGACAGGAAGGACUGGAAGAUCGGCUUCCAACUGUGCAACCAGAACAAAUCAGACUGCUUCUACCAGACGUACUCAUCCGGGGUGGAUGCAGUGAGGGAGUGGUACCGCUUCCAUUACAUCAACAUUCUAUCCAGACUGCCCGACACCUUGCCAUCCCUAGAGGAAGAAGCCUUGGGCAACUUCAUCUUCACUUGCCGCUUCAACCAGGCCCCCUGCGACCAGGCGAAUUACUCUCACUUCCACCACCCCAUGUACGGGAACUGCUAUACUUUCAACAACAAGAACAACUCCGAUCUCUGGAUGUCCUCCAUGCCUGGAGUCAACAAUGGUCUGUCUCUGACACUGCGCACAGAGCAGAACGACUUCAUCCCCCUGCUGUCUACAGUGACAGGGGCCAGGGUGAUGGUGCACGGGCAGGAUGAGCCUGCCUUUAUGGAUGACGGUGGCUUCAAUGUGAGGCCUGGUGUGGAGACCUCCAUCAGCAUGAGGAAGGAAGCCUUGGACAGCCUUGGAGGUAACUAUGGUGACUGUACUGAGAAUGGCAGCGAUGUCCCUGUCAAGAACCUUUACCCUUCCAAGUACACGCAGCAGGUCUGCAUCCACUCCUGCUUCCAGGAGAACAUGAUCAGGGAGUGUGGCUGUGCUUACAUCUUCUACCCUAAGCCCAAGGAUGUAGAGUUCUGUGACUACCGGAAGCAGAGCUCUUGGGGCUACUGCUACUAUAAGCUGCAGGGCGCCUUCUCCUUGGACAGCCUGGGCUGUUUCUCCAAGUGCCGGAAGCCAUGCAGUGUGACCAAUUACAAGCUCUCUGCUGGCUACUCACGAUGGCCGUCCGUGAAGUCCCAGGAUUGGAUCUUCCAGAUGCUGUCCUUGCAGAACAAUUACACGAUCAACAACAAAAGAAAUGGAGUUGCUAAACUCAACAUCUACUUCAAGGAACUGAACUAUAAAACGAAUUCGGAGUCUCCCUCUGUCACGAUGGUCAGCCUCCUGUCCAACCUGGGCAGCCAGUGGAGCCUGUGGUUUGGCUCCUCUGUGCUGUCUGUGGUGGAGAUGGCGGAGCUCAUCUUCGACCUCCUGGUCAUCACAGUCCUCAUGCUGCUGCACAGGUUUCGAAGUCGGUACUGGUCUCCAGGACGAGGGGCCAGGGGGGCCAGGGAAGUGGCCUCCACCCCAGCUUCCUCCUUCCCCUCCCGUUUCUGUCCCCACCCUACAUCUCCACUGCCUUCUUUGCCCCAGCAGGGCACAGACCCUUCCCUGGCCCUGACGGCCCCACCGCCUGCAUAUGCCACCCUAGGCCCCCGUGCCCAUCCACUGGACUCCGCAGUGCCUGGCCCUUCUGCCUGCGCUCUGGGGGAGCCCUGAGAGAGCAGAAUGCCAGUACUCCUGGGUAAACUGAAGAAUAUCUCCACUUCAGUGGCACUGUCCACAGCUGCCCAAUUGUCUUUGGUGUGCCUGAGGGAGUGGGCUAAGUAAGGGGCCCAGGAAGCUGUCCAUAGAAGGGCUAAUGAGCUGCUCUGAGCUGCCGGGCUCCUUUUUCUGAACACUGCUUUCUGCACAAGCUCAGACAAGUCUCCUUUUCCCUUGGAUCAGCCAAGCCAGACUUGGAGCUUUGACAAGGAACUUUCCUGGGAAACGACCAAGGAACAAAUAUAAACAAGGCGCAGAAAAGCAGCCACAGGUUUCCUACCCCAUGACCAGAGAUUGGCCUGGCCUCACCGCUUUCAGAGACACAGAUGUCUGCUCCCCCUCUUGAACUUGGGUGGGGAACCCCACCCAAAAGCCCCCUUUGUUAGUUCUUUGGCAAGUCCCCUUUCCCGACUCCCCACUGGGGGCUAGAGUAAGACGUGUGUAGUAAAGGUUUGACCAUUCGCCUUCAUUUCCAAGACUCUUGUCUCGUUCGAUACACUGUACCCCAGGGCCUCUGCACUGGGCCCUUCACAGUUGUUUGUCUUAGUUAUUUUCUCAGCCUUGACACUUCCUCUACCAUCUCUGAGAGAACUUCUAUGCAUCCCUUAGGCCGCUGUGCAAAGACACCAUUUCUUUUGUGACCUCUUACCCUAUCCUGUCUCUGCCAGGAUUAUCCCCACUCCCUUUGCUCCAUAGUGCACUAUAUUAUGUGUUCACAUUCUUUUGUAUCUGCCUCCCUGAAUAGACCAUGGACUCCUUGUGGCCAGGGCCGAGUUUUGCUCAUUUUUGUAUCCUUGAGGUCGAGCCCAGUAUCUCACUUGGAGCAGGCAGACAGGUACCCAAUAAAUCCUUGUUACAUAAAACAAUGUCUGCAGAGCCGGAUGGGGCCCCAUGAAAUGGGCAGGGAGCUAAUGCAAGCCCCAGAGGCACUGUCUAGUUUUUGGGAGGCCCUAGAGUGGAGGGGAGGGCACAGACAGCCAUGCCAAACUUGUCAUUGUUCCACGUCAUCCAGAAGGCUUUCCUUUAGACUCCACCCAGCUGUGAUGUAACCUCUGCCACCCUCCUCCCCAUCACUGCCCUGGUGGUACCAGACUCCACCCAGCUGUGAUGUAACCUCUGCCACCCUCCUCCCCAUCACUGCCCUGGUGGUGGAGGAGGAUGAGACCCAGACCAGUUCUUCCAGAAUUUCAGAGCCUUGAGUAGUCUUCUUUAUUCAUAGCAAGAGGGGCAGAGGGAACCCUCCUCCCUUCAGUAAAGAGAAACUGGGGAAUGUCUGAGAGGAACCCUACUUUUCUCAUCUGCAGUUCCUCUGCCCAGCCAAUCAUCAGAGCUGAGAACCAAAAGCGACCCUGUCUUGUUGCGUUGUGGAAUAAGAUUUGGAAUUGGUUCCCGUUUUUCCAUUCAUCACGAUUUCUAUCCUUAGGAGCCAGAGGAGAAGGGGGGAUCUUUUUUCCCCACCUUCAGGGAACCCACUCUGUGGACCAGGCUGGCCUUGAACUCACAGAGAUCCACUUGCCUCUGAGUGCUGGGAUCAAAGGCGUGAGGGAGAAGGGGAUCUUGUAGAAAGAGAAGGAACAGGGACUUUGGUCAUGCGUGCCAUGUGAAGACAUUGACUUCCCUUUCCUAGACUCCUGUAAAUGACAGGAAAUGAUACUGUUUCAACAUUGUCCCUGCCGGAGCCUCAGGUGUGGCUGCUCUGGCCUUCUCUCCCUCUCUGUUUGGCCCAGCCUUGCCCUACCCGUCCCUGGUUGGCUCUAUUCUGGAGGCUGUAGUCGGUGUAGUCCCCCCCUCCAGCUCCCCCCCGCCC